GAUUUCGUCACGGGACUUGUCUGUUAUCCCUCAGGAAACGACAGAAGGGACCAGAGGGUCCGUGUGUGUUUAUGUGUUUGUCAUGUUACUGUAGUGACUGUUAUGUUCGAUUCUGAUUUUGUGAUUUUGUUUGCAAGAUGUGUAGUGGAAUUGUGCACGUUCCAUAGCUAUAACGUGCAGGAAAACUGAAAAGAAGAAAGGAACACAAAACUGAAGUGUUCUAUGUCCAGCAGGGCAUGCCUCGCCGAAGACGUGGUGCAGUAAGUGGACCUCGCGGGGGCUCGAGCCCGGACCUUUGUGAUGACGAGGACGGGAUGUGCACGCGCGAGAAGCCGCAGCAAAGGAACGCAGCGAACGCGAGGGAACGGGCGCGUAUGCGUGUCCUGAGCAAGGCGUUCUGCCGCCUGAAGACCACGCUGCCCUGGGUACCGGCCGACACGAAGCUGUCAAAGCUGGACACCCUGCGCCUCGCCACGAGCUACAUCGCUCACCUCAGGGCCAUCUUAACAGACGAAAUGGCAGAGGUGGCCCCCAUACACCCUCUCAACUUGACAUGGCCGUUCAGCUUCCAGCAACAGAGUCAGGGCCUGCAGGGACAGAGUCCAAGGGUCGGGGAAGAGCUGCGCCGCGGGGCAGACACCUCUCCUUCCAGCAGCAGUCCAGAUCUGGAGGAAGAGGACGGCAACCAUCAUCACCAUCACCAUGCUUCGGAAUUCCUGAAUUCCCAUCACCACCAUCAUCACCAUCACCAUCAUCAGUACUCAGACUCACUACUACAUCUUGGCUAGCUCAGCAGAGACCGUUGAAUUUCUGUAAUAUUAAAAUACUUUAUUAAAUUCUUGAACGCGAACACGAAACUAAGGAUUCAUAUGGUUCAGUCAGUAUUACAGUCACCUGUAUCUAUUAACAUUAUACGUUUACAGCUCCAUACUUGAGCAACGCUAUAACAGAACUAAUGAACACAUUAGUUGCACAUUAAUAACUGCAAACCGAAGCCUAUAAUCGCGGUCUGAGGAAAUAUUAGUUCCGUCUCAUGUUUGGAAGCGCUAAAAUAUCUCAGCUAGCAAAUCAACUGCAGCAAAAUUUCUCCAAUAUUUGUAAUUAUUUCUAAAUUCAAUUAUUUUUAUAGCUUGCCCGUCUGGAGCUUAUAAUCACUGUCUUAUAAAACAUAUAUCUUUUAUUUUGUAAGGUAAUUAUUACUUCAGCUAGUAGAGUGUACAGUUUUCUCCGCUUUGUCUGAUCCACUGUCUCACUAGCAGAGCACAGACAUUCAAGCGCUAAGCUGAUAAGACUUUCAGUUUAAACCGGCAUUACAGUUCUCUGCAAAACUGCUGCUACGGAUAUGGUUUUGUGGAUACUGCAACCAUUUUACAACAAUACUUAAAGAAAAACUGCACAUAUUUACGAAAACAAAUAAAUGUAAGCUGAUUCUGUCGUAGGAAUGAAGUACUAUUUGUUGCAUCAUUUCAUAAAUGGAUGGAACACAAAAGUCUGAAUUAGAUUUUAUGAGUGCACCUUAUUGUAAUUAUUAAACCUUUUAUAUUUAUUUUA